AUGUCUCCUCAACAUCAUGCUCUCAAAGCUACUUUUAGCUAUCAAAACGCAGGAUUUCAAUCGGAUACAAAUGAUAGAAAAAGCCAAUAUCGAAGAACAGUUUCUUAUGAUGGUUAUUAUAUAUUGGAACAAGAACAAAAUUCAAAAUCAUCAUCAUUAUCAUCAUCACCAAUAGCUCAUGUUUCAAUACCAAUACCUGAUCUAAGAGUACCUACUAUUGAUCAUAAUAUCAAAAAUGGACGACAACGAUUUCGUUGGAAUUUAAUUUUCAACGUACUCGUUUGGAUUAUUUGUCCAUUACCUCUUUGGCUUCCAUUUCUUUCGAAUCAAGUAGCUAUUUUUCUCUUACCUUCUAUUCAAUGUGUUUUUGUAUUCAUUUGGUUUAUUAUUACUUUACUAGCAGCACGAAAUGCAUUUAUUAUUUUUCGCAAUAGGAAUCAAGAUUAUUCUCUCUUAUUAUCAACUGAAGAUAGAAACAAGAUUCGACAUCUGGUUGUAAUUAGUUGCUAUAAAGAACCACUAGAAUUAAUCAAACGAAGCAUUGAUACUCUUGCAGUACAGUCGGAAGUUAAUCGUAUUUCAAUGGUUAUUUCAUUUGAAGAACGUACACCAGAUGUGCAUAAUAAAUGUCAAAUAUUACAAAAUUAUUAUAUUCAAGCUGGAUUUCGAGAUCUUAUUUUUACUAUUCAUCCAUAUGGACUUUCAAAUGAAAUUCCAGGUAAAUGUUCAAAUGCAAAUUAUGCUAUACGUACAGCAAUCAAACAAUUAAAAUUAGAUGAAAAUAAUAAUGAUGAUUAUAUAUUAAUAACAACAUGUGAUGCUGAUUCACAAUUUCAUCGUCAUUAUAUUGCUGCAUUAACUUAUCAAUAUAUCAAAGAUAAUUAUCCAGCAUUAACUACAAUUUAUCAGCCACCACUUUUUUAUAAUUGGAAUUUAGAUGCAUCAUCAUGUUUUACUCGAAUUACAGGUCUACUUCGAAGUACAUUAAUGUUAGGUGCAUUAAUACCAUUUUCAAUAAAUACAAUGAGUAUAUUUUCAUUUUCAUUAUCAUUAGCUAAAGCUGGUAAUUUUGUUCAUCCAGCCUAUCAAAUGGAUGAUAUAAUAUGUCUUAUUCGAUGGAUGGGUGUAACACAUCGUCGUCUGUCUAUUCAUAUGGUUUUAACACCUGUUAUAAGUGGACCAACAUGUGGUCGAACAAUUGAAUAUGAAUUUAUGGAAUGGGUUAGACAGGCAAGACGAUGGACUAUUGGAGCAGCUGAAGUUUUUCAUUAUUUUAUGAUUAAAUCUCGAUGUAUUCCAUUUUUAACAUCAUUAUCAUGGUCAAUAACAUUUCUUAUCUAUUAUGGUGUAUUACUUUGUUCAAGUGGUCUUUAUAGUCUAACAUAUUUUAUUGCUAUGGAAUUUCUUCUUAAUGAAAUUCCAACCUAUGUUGUCUAUACAAUGUAUAUAUUAAUUUUAAUUCAAAUGUUAUCAUUUUCAAUUGCUUUUAUUAUUGAUAUAUUUAUUUGUCGCCUGCUGAAUAUAGAUGAAUGUAUAUUUAUUCUACGAAAUUUUUUUCAUUUUUUAAUGACACCUUUUGUGCUUAUUGGUUAUUCUUUUGUUGAAUUUUAUGCUUUACAUGAAGUUAUGAUACGAGGAAAAAAAGUUUGUAAACAUGGAGCUUCAAAUAAAAAUAUGCUUCAAUAA